AUGGCGGGAGGUGGUUCUAAGAAUCCUGGCGGUGUCCGUAUCGUCGUCGCCGGAGAUGCCAAGACCGGCAAGUCUUGCUUGGUUUUAGCUGCCGCCUCUGAUACCUUCACUCCCAAUGUUCCUCCGGUUCUGCCGCCGACUAGGCUUCCCGAGGACAUGUUCCCUGAUCGUGUCCCGGUCACUGUCAUCGACACCUCUUCAAGCCCUGAGAACAGAAAUAAGCUUGUUGAAGAACUAAAGAAAGCUGAUGCAAUCGUGCUGACUUAUGCUUGUGAUAGACCUGCGACACUGGAUAGAUUGAGUUCGUUCUGGCUUCCUGAACUUCGCCGAUUGGAGGUUAGAGUUCCUGUUAUUGUAGUUGGUUGUAUGCUUGAUAAGCGGGAUGAGGAAUACCCAAUCAGUCUCGAGCAGGUGAUGUCUCCAAUAAUGCAACAGUUCCGGGAGAUUGAAACUUGUAUUGAAUGUUCAGCAUUCAAAAUCAUUCAGGUUGCUGAGGUUUUCUAUUAUGCACAAAAAGCUGUCCUUCACCCAACAGCUCCUUUGUUCGACCAAGAAGCACAAACUCUGAAACCUCGUUGUGUCAGGGCUUUGAAAAGGAUUUUUAUUCUAUGUGAUCAUGACCGGGAUGGUGCCCUUAGUGAUGAAGAGCUGAAUGACUUUCAGGUCAAGUGCUUCAAUGCUCCAUUACAGCCUUCAGAAAUAAGUGGUGUUAAGAGGGUUGUGCAGGAGAAAUUGCCCGAAGGUGUUAACGACAGGGGUCUUACAUUGACAGGAUUCCUCUUUCUGCAUGCUCUCUUUAUAGAGAAGGGUCGUCUGGAGACAACAUGGACUGUCCUGAGAAAAUUUGGAUAUAAUAACGAAAUCAGACUUGCUGAUGACAGGCUUCCUCCUCCAUUCAAAAGACACCCUGACCAAAGUGCAGAGUUAACAAAUGAUGCUGUGGAUUUCCUGCGGGGAAUUUUUUUCACAUAUGACAUUGAUGGUGAUGGAUCGCUCAGAACUCCCGAAGUUGAAGAUUUAUUUUCAACUGCACCAGAGAAUCCUUGGAAUGAAGCACCCUAUAAAGAUGCUGCAGAGAAAAACCCUCUUGGUGGGCUUACAGUAGAUGGGUUUCUGUCCGAGUGGGCUCUUAUGGCACUUCUGGACCCCAUUCGUUGUUUUGAAUAUCUGAUUUACAUCGGAUAUACUGGUGAUAUUUCAUCUGCCAUUCGUAUUACUCGGAGGAGACGGUUAGAUCGUAAAAAGCAACAGUCAGACAGAAAUGUGUAUCAGUGCUUUGUGUUUGGACCCAAAGAGGCUGGAAAGUCAACUAUAUUGGAUUCAUUUCCUGGAAGGCCUUUCCCUGAGGAUUAUGUUCCAACUACUACUGAUAAUCAUUAUGUUGUCCAUGUUGUUGUUGAUCAGACAGAGGGCACCAGGAAAACACUCGUUCUGCGUGAGAUUCCAGAGGAUCAUGUGGAGAAGUUUCUAUCGAGUAAAGAUGCUUUGGCAUCAUGUGAUGUUGCUAUAUUUGUGCAUGACAGAUCUCGGGAAUCUUCAUGGAAAAGGGCAACCGAGUUGUUACAUAGUGUAGCUAGCCAGGGUGAGUCUACUGGUUAUGAGGUUCCUUGUCUCAUAGCUGCAGCUAAAGAUGAUCUCGACCCAUAUCCAACUGAAAUUCAAGAUUCAACAAGGGUUAGUCAAGAUCUGGGGAUAGAAGCUCCCAUACCAAUCAGUGCAAAGCUUGGAGAUCUGAAUAAUAUUUUCCGUAGAAUUGUUACUGCUGCAGAGCACCCCCAUUUGAGUAUACCUGAAACUGAAGCUGGGAAAAGUCGCAAACAAUAUCAUCGGUUGAUUAAUCGCUCUUUGAUGUUUGCAUCAGUUGGAGCGGCAAUAGCUGUUGUGGGAGUGGCUACCUACCGAGUGUAUGCAGCGAGAAAGAACUCCUCUGGUUAG